AUGCCUGGCCUCGUUCGCAAACUUCUUAUCUUUGCCGCCAUCGAUGGGUUGGUUUUGCAACCAACAGCGCCAAAAGGCCAACGCCCCGCCCCCGCAACGAAGAUCACAUACAAAGAUAAGCAUAUCGGGCAAGCAUUUGGUAUUGUCGGUCUCUUGACGGUUUCCAAAACCUCCUUCCUGAUAUCGAUUACGAAAAGAGAGCAAGUCGCACAAGUACAAGGGAAACCUAUAUAUGUUAUUACUGAAGUGGCGUUAACCCCAUUAAGCUCCAAGAACGAGGCAGAGAUCUCGAUUGAUAGUACAAAAGCGGGGUUAUUGAAGAGUACUACUGAGGGGCAGCAUGGCUUGGACGAGAGUGAUAGCGAAGAUGAUGUCGUUAGCGAUGAAGUGGAGGACGAUACAGCAGUAGAAGCACACAAAAGAACGAGCAGCGUGGCUGAGGAUGUGAUCUCGAAGAAGGGGGGAUAUGGAAGAUUUGCACAAAAAUGGUUCUCGAAGAAAGGAUGGGCUGUGGACCAGAAAAAGAACUUGGGAAUGAGCGUUGAGCCGUAUUCUACAGUAGAGCAAGAUGCCAAGGCCACAGGUGUAUCAGCUACAAUUUCGGAAGCCACUGGAGGGAAACCUGAUAUCCCAAUUCCCGAUAAGGGCAAGGUCACUGAGGAGAUCGAAACUCCUGAAGAUAUUAGCGACAUUGCGGAGAGCAUGCUGCCAAAAUUACUACGAACAUCACAGAUAUUGUUUGGAGCCUCUAGGAGUUAUUAUUUCUCUUACGACCACGAUAUCACAAGAAGUUUGGCAAAUAAGAGGAAUACAAACUCUGAAUUACCAUUGCAUAAGGAAGUUGAUCCACUCUUCUUCUGGAAUCGACAUCUUGUGUUACCAUUUAUUGAUGCUGGCCAGUCUUCUUUUGCCUUGCCUCUUAUGCAGGGCUUUGUAGGACAGCGUGCAUUUUCGAUGGAUAGCAAUCCACCAAACCUUGUUGUAGGUUCAGACACCGGGAAGACUUCCAUGGAGAUGAAGGAUAUUACAACAAGUAGUUCAGAUGAACAAAUUUUCACAGCACGUGCUGGUACAGAAAAGUCAUAUCUAUUGACAUUAAUAUCUAGAAGGUCAGUUAAACGUGCCGGGCUUAGAUAUUUACGCCGGGGUGUGGAUGAGGACGGCAAUACCGCCAAUGGCGUGGAAACAGAGCAAAUCUUAUCGGAUUCUGUUUGGGGUCCUUCAAGUAAGAUAUAUUCGUUCGUCCAGAUACGUGGCAGCAUUCCCAUCUUCUUCUCCCAGUCACCUUACUCUUUUAAGCCUGUGCCUCAAGUUCACCACUCUACCGAAACAAAUUAUGAAGCUUUCAAGAAGCAUUUUGAUAAUAUAAGUGAUCGCUACGGGGCUAUUCAAGUGGCUUCCUUGGUGGAGAAACAUGGAAACGAGGCAAUAGUUGGCGGAGAGUACGAGAAAUUGAUGACUCUUCUUAACGUUUCCCGAGCUAGCGAGCUUAAAAAAUCCAUUGGAUUUGAAUGGUUUGAUUUCCAUGCUAUUUGCAAAGGCAUGAAAUUUGAGAAUGUCAGCCUGCUCAUGGAAAUACUGGGCAAGAAGCUUGACUCGUUCUCAAACACUGUAGAAGUCGAUGGGAAACUUGUAUCGAAACAGAAUGGCGUUUUAAGGACUAACUGUAUGGAUUGUCUGGAUCGAACAAAUGUUGUUCAAAGUGCAGUAGCAAAGCGAGCCCUUGAAAUACAGUUAAAGAAUGAGGGACUAGAUAUCACUCUACAAGUCGAUCAAACACAGCAAUGGUUUAAUACUUUGUGGGCCGACAACGGUGACGCCAUUUCUAAGCAAUAUGCCUCUACAGCAGCAUUGAAGGGUGACUUUACUCGUACCAGAAAGCGGGAUUACAAGGGAGCUAUCACAGAUAUGGGGCUUUCUAUCUCCAGAUUUUAUAGCGGUAUUGUGAAUGACUACUUCAGUCAAGCCGCCAUUGAUUUCUUGCUAGGAAAUGUAAGCUAUCUUGUGUUCGAAGAUUUCGAGGCGAACAUGAUGAGUGGUGAUCCUGGCGUUUCGAUGCAAAAAAUGAGGCAACAAGCCAUCGACGUUUCUCAGAAACUCGUCGUUGCUGACGAUCGUGAAGAAUUUAUUGGAGGAUGGACAUUUCUCACUCCGCAAGUACCAAAUACCAUCAAAUCCAGUCCUUUUGAGGAAUCCGUCCUCCUAUUGACAGAUGCGGCAUUGUAUAUGUGCCACUUUGAUUGGAAUAUCGAGAAAGUAUCAUCUUUCGUGAGAGUGGACUUAAACCAGGUGACUGGUAUCAAGUUAGGAACAUACAUCACGAGUACUUUGUCACAAGCCCAGGCAGAUGAGAAGAGGAAUGUGGGCUUUGUAAUCACUUAUAAAGCCGGCUCAAACGAUAUUAUUCGUGUCAACACGAGAUCUAUGGCUACGGAAUUUCCUUCUUCGAAACUUUCUCUUGAAGACAAGACAUCCACGUCCACAUCCACAUCUACUACCAACUCUGUCGUUGCCCCAAUUGCCGCUGGGUUUGCAAACCUAAUAUCAGGUCUACAAAAUCAAAGUAUAGCGGAACCUAAAGAUGCUGUGAAGGUUCUCGCAUUCAAGGCUCUGCCCUCCAGAUCUGCGGUAUCAGAUGAAGGAGUUAGUGAGGCCGAGCAAGUGAAGAGUGUCUGUGGAGAGAUUAGAAGAAUGGUUGAGAUUGGAAGUAUAAGAGAGGCCGGAGAGGAGAGAAAGGACAUUGUAGAGGAGGGUACCAUCAUUAGUUUGGCCGAGGCCAAGAAAAGCACGGGACUAUUCGAUGUGUUGGGACAUCAGGUGAAGAAACUGGUUUGGGCUUAA